GGAGCUGCCUCACUACUAACUUUUCAAACCAACAGACCACUAGUUACUUCCGCCUCUCCGGUUUUGCUUCCGCCACUGUUUUCGCCGCCGAGAAAGUUGAAGAAGUCGUCGGAGUUAAGCUCAGCAUCUUCAUGCUGAUUUUCACUACCAAAAUGACGACGAGUUUCAGCCAGGUAGUCUUGUCUCGGAUGCUUCAAGGAUAAACCAUUUUGGUGUGUUCGUUGGAUUCAAGUUCACCAGAGUCUGACUGCGAAUAUAUUGGCAAAUCACAGUUGUUAGUUUCAGUGGAAUAGCAGAUCGGAAAGGAAGAGCUUGAAAUUAUAUGAGAGCAGACAAAACGUUUCUGAUUCUUUCUUGCCGAAGAUCCUUAACUAUCUACUUUGUGGAUUCCUUCUCACAUUGGCAUUUGGCAUUUCUGCAUUGGCUUCUAGUAAUUCAUACACAUGGUAGUUGGGCUUCAUGACAAUGAAUAAGUUGGAGUUUCCAGCUCGCAAGUUUUCCUGUAAUUUUGAGAUCACCAGAAUGAAGAAAUCCUAUGGUGGUAUUGUGGCUGCAUCUUUAUUUAUGCUGCUAGUCCUCAGAUAUGCCAUCACAAACUAUCCCAUUGGUGAUAGUUACUUGACCAAUGCAUUGUACUCCAAUUCCACCAAUCCAACGGGAAUUAAUCCUCUUGAAUGGUUGAAUACCGCUCCGCCUGUAGUUGAAAAUCCAGUGAAUGUUUCUCAAGUGGUUUCUGCUGAGAAAAUAAUCUCUAGUCUCUUUGCUCAUAGGAAUUUAUCCAAUGAAGAGCAGCAAACUUUGAACACAUGGAAACUUUUGAAGAACCUUAUCAACCAAGGUCAGGGUUUGCCUAAUGCUGUUGAUGCUAUAAAGGAAGCUGGAGGUGCAUGGAAUAGCCUUAUGGAUUCGGUUGAAGAGCAAAGACUUGGUUAUACUAAUGAAAGUUCACCAGGGAGAACAAAACAGUGUCCUCAUUUUCUUAGUAAAAUGAAUGGGACGGAAAUCGAUAAUAGUGGUUACAAGUUGCGGGUCCCUUGUGGCCUCACUCAAGGAUCGUCCAUUACGGUAAUUGGUAUCCCAAAUGGAAUUCUUGGCAGUUUCCGGAUUGAUUUGACCGGCGAGCCCCUCCCAGGGGAACCUGAACCACCCAUUAUAUUGCAUUACAAUGUUAGGCUAAACGGUGAUAAGCUGACUGAGGACCCUGUAAUCGUCCAAAAUAGCUGGACUAUUGCUCAUGAUUGGGGUGAUGAGGAGCGCUGCCCGUCUCCCACUCCUGAAAAGAACAAGAAAGUUGAUGAGUUGGACAACUGCAACAAGAUAGUUGGAAAAGUUGGAGAGCAGAGAAUACGUUCCAAUGUCUCAAGGCAGUCUUCAGUUCAAGAUGGAUCAAAGCCCAGAAAAUACUUUCCUUUUAAGCAAGGCUAUCCAUUUGUUGCUACACUUAGAGUAGGCUCAGAAGGAAUUCAAAUGACAGUUGAUGGGAAGCAUAUAACAUCAUUUGCUGUCCGCGAAACUUUGGAGCCAUGGCUUGUUAACGAAGUAAGGAUAUCUGGUGACUUGCAAUUAAUUUCAGUCUUGGCCAGUGGCUUACCAACAUCAGAGGAUUCGGAGCACAUUGUUAAUCUAGAAGAACUCAAAUCCGCUCCGCUCUCUCUUCACAAGCAAUUGGAUCUCUUCAUUGGUGUUUUCUCUACCGCAAACAAUUUUAAACGAAGGAUGGCUGUUCGAAGAACAUGGAUGCAGUAUGCACCAGUGAAAUCAGGGGCAGCUUCGGUGCGCUUUUUUGUUGGUCUGCAUAAAAACCAGAUAGUGAAUGAGGAACUCUGGAAUGAGGCAAAGACCUAUGGGGACAUUCAAUUGAUGCCUUUCGUUGAUUACUAUGGCCUCAUCACAUGGAAAACUUUGGCCAUCUGUAUCUUUGGGACAGAGGUUGUUUCAGCAAAGUUUGUCAUGAAGACCGAUGACGACGCAUUUGUCCGUGUGGAUGAAGUGCUAGCUUCCUUAAACAGGAUCAAGGUGACCAGCGGCUUGCUCUAUGGACUCAUUAACUCAGAUUCCCAACCUCAUCGAAAUCCAGACAGCAAAUGGUACAUCAGCCCUGAGGAAUGGCGUGAAGAAAAUUACCCACCUUGGGCACAUGGUCCUGGUUAUGUGGUGUCAAGUGACAUUGCAAAGGCAGUUUCCCAGCGGUACAAAAAAGGAAGUUUAAAGAUGUUUAAGCUAGAAGACGUGGCGAUGGGCAUCUGGGUUGCAGAAAUGAAAAAGGGGGGUUUGAAAGUACGGUACGAGAAGGAAGAUAAAGUCUACAACGAGGGUUGCAAAGAUGGCUACAUCGUUGCACAUUACCAAGGUCCAAGGGAGAUGCUUUGUCUCUGGCAGAAAAUUCAAGAAGGACAAGUUGCUAAAUGCUGUGGGGGUGAGAUAUAGAACACAUUAUCAGAUCAUUCUAUUGGUAACUUUUCUAAAGCUUCAUCCGAGUUGAAGAGGAAAAUCAUGGUCACCCAUCUUUUUGUAGAGUAGCGGACCAAGAUUGAGGAAAGACGAGAAGAUUACACUAACCGAAGUGAAGCUAUAUAUAUUAGCUACUCGUUGAUCGAUUUUUGUAUAGUAAUGCUAUAUAGUGAUGCCGUAGUGUAAGCGUUCAGCUUAGUAUGAGCAUGAGAGUUCUGAAUGUAUAGAAUCCGGUAGCAUGAUAUGCACCUAUAUUAGGUUAUUACCUAGAAUCCCUUAGGUUGUAAGUUGUAACAGGUAACAUGGUUGAAUGAAUUUCACUCAUUCUUAACUCAGACUCUUCGCUCAUCAAUACAAAUGGACAACGUUUCACAUGCAUAA